CCUCCCAUCCACAGAGUGCCAAGACACAAACACAGAGGAAGAUAUGGCUACAGAGAUGCAGCACAAUCACUCCAUUUUCAUGCAGCAGCAAGCUCCAGGCCCCCUCGAAAUCGCCGAUUUUCGCAAGAACAUUGACGAUGAUGGCCGCCCCAAACGAACCGGGACUGUGUUGACUGCAAGUGCACAUAUAAUAACGGCUGUGAUUGGGUCUGGAGUGCUUUCACUGGCGUGGGCAAUAGCUCAGCUGGGAUGGGUGGCUGGGCCGGCGGUUCUCUUGGCCUUCUCCUUCAUCACUUACUUCACUUCCACUCUUCUAGCAGACUCUUACAGGUCUCCUGAUCCUGUUACCGGCUCCAGAAACUAUACCUACAUGGAUGUUGUUCGGGCUCACUUAGGAGGGUUCAAGGUCCAGCUGUGUGGAAUAGCUCAAUAUGGCAAUCUGAUUGGGGUUACUAUUGGGUACACAAUAACAGCCUCCAUCAGCAUGGUGGCUGUGAAGAGGUCAAAUUGCUUCCACAAACAAGGGCAUGAUGCGGAGUGCUCCAUAUCAAACUACCCCUUCAUGGCCAUCUUCGCCAUCAUUCAGAUCAUUCUCAGCCAAAUCCCAAACUUCCACAAGCUCUCAUGGCUCUCUAUUCUUGCCGCCGUCAUGUCCUUUGCCUAUUCUUCCAUAGGUCUUGGACUCGCCAUAGCCAAAGUUGCAGGAGGAGCACAUGCAACAACGAACCUAACAGGGGUGAGAGUAGGGGUGGAGGUGACAGGGGCAGAGAAGGUUUGGAAAAGCUUCCAAGCCAUUGGAGAUAUAGCCUUUGCUUAUGCCUACUCCACUGUACUCAUUGAGAUACAGGACACGUUGAGAUCCCACCCUCCGGAGAACAAAGCCAUGAAGAAGGCUUCCCUGGUCGGAGUUUCAGCCACCACCCUCUUCUACGUCUCCUGCGGCUGCUUCGGCUAUGCUGCCUUCGGAAACAAAGCCCCCGGUAAUUUCCUCACCGGCUUCGGCUUCUAUGAACCCUACUGGCUCAUCGACUUAGCCAACGUCUGCAUUGCCGUCCACUUAAUCGGCGCCUACCAGGUAUUUUGUCAGCCCAUAUUCGGGUUCGUGGAGAGUAGGGCUCAGAAGCACUGGCCCGAAAGCGAAUUCAUAACAAGAGAGUAUGCCAUACGCAUACCGUUUUACGGAUCAUAUUACCUUAACAUCUUCAGGCUGGUGUGGAGAACAGUCUACGUAAUCGUGACUGCGGUUGUAGCCAUGAUCUUCCCCUUCUUCAACGACUUCCUGGGCUUGAUAGGAGCGGCAUCUUUCUAUCCGCUGACGGUUUACUUCCCCAUAGAGAUCCACAUUGCACAGUCAAGAAUGCCAAAGUAUUCUUUAACUUGGACAUGGCUAAAGGUCCUGAGCUGGGUUUGCCUGGUUGUGUCACUGGUUGCUGCAGUUGGAUCAAUCCAGGGGCUGGCUCAAGACCUCAAGACUUACAAGCCCUUCAAAACUCUGAACUGACUCACCACAUUUUAGGGGAUACAAUUUAUACAUGUAAUUCGUAAUAAGAAUGAUUUUAUGGGCCUGGAUGUGUGCUAGGUUUCUGGGCCCCCGAUCAAGAAGUUGCAUUAUCUGUGUAUAUGAUGCUAUGCAAGUUUGGAAGGCUUAGUUUGAGGCGUAAUAGAUGAGUACACAUUUGCAAAUCAAAGACAAAAAGUAUUAACAAUUUGGGAGAAUCUGUAAACAGAGAAAUGCAAUUAGUUCAAGUUCUAGAUUUUGUUU